GAGGAGCUGGGUCGAUUCCGCGGCAGCUAAACUAGAAGGGCUCUAGUUCUAGUCCUAGCCUCUAGUUCACUAUAGCUAUACUACCACCGCCACGUCAGAGCGACUUGGAGAGCGUGUUCGUUCCUACACAGGGUACAGGAGCUGUCUUACUCGAACAGGAGUCCACGGAGGAAGACAAAAGCAGUAGAAACGCCCUCCUGGCAAUCGUCCUGUUCGUCGCCAUUGUCACAGCCGCGGGGUUUGUCUUCUGGGCUUUCCUAUGGAGCAAGGAACUCCCAACGACCAAGAAGCAAGACGACGCGUCUCCAGCCCGAAAAGUAACGGUUCCGAAAGUUUCGCUAAAUAAUCCGUCACCGUCUUACACCGACUAUGAAGACUACUCGGACAACACCGAUGCGACGGUAGCGACGUCCCCGGUGCAAAAGCAAGUUUGCGAAAGCCACGACUGUCGAUACGUUCGCCAGUUCAUUGAAGCGGUUGUAGACACUGACAGAGACCCGUGCGAUAAUUUCUUCAAGUUCGUCUGCGGUAAAAAUGAACAGCUGCCUCCAAAUAUGUACAUCGAUAAAUUGGGUUCAGACAUGGUCGAAGAUGCUCUGUUUGCAUCUAUAGAGGGAAAUUUGGAAAAAGCGCACAUUCCUCCUCGCGGUAGAACAGCGUUUCAAAAGGCUGCGGCGCUGUACAAACACUGUUCGGAAGCCAACACGAACACUUCCGUAGAGGACGCCAGAGAUUUCCUGAGGGCACACCGGAUGGAUAUAACGAAAAAGAUGUUAUUCGACGCGUUGGACGUGAUGGUGAAAUUUAUAUUUAAGAUCGACAUUCCUCUGCUGUUUUCCUUGGAACCAGCCGAGAUUGGUGCUCGAACGUUUGCGCUUCGUGUGGAAAAACGCGCACCGACAGCGUUACGCUUCUCGGGCGCUGGAGACAUUUUGGCUGACGUGUAUUCGGUACGCAUUGAUGACAACGUAGUGCAAAUUAUUACGAGGUUAGAGAAAGAGUUUGAGCCCCAGAGAGCUGCGAGCCAAAUGUCAAACGCCAGCGUCAAAGCUGUCGUGUUGCGGAAUGUGGGCCUAGGAGACGACGAGCUGUCCAAAGACUGGAAUGAAGCUCUUCGGCGCUACGCACCGCCUGAACUGCUAACGAAAGCGAUACACAUGACUGAGGUUGACCUGACGUUUUUCCACCGUCUUUUCGGAAAGCAGGGAGACGUAUCGAAGGACGAAAUGCGAGUAUUCUUUGCCUGGAGGGCCGCCCUCUACUUCUACGGUGUAAUAUUCCUUCGCCCCUCCUUCCUCUGCCUACGGACCAUCAUGCAGGAACUUCCAGCCGCAGUGGCCGCGGGUGCGCCAUUGCUCAACGGCUACGAAGAGAGAAUUAGCGCCGUCAACGAAAUGCAGGAAGAACUCCGCAGCGAACUUUCGAAAACCUUGCGGACCUCACCCUGGAUGGAUGACGAAACGCGGAAGGGAGCCCUGCAAAAGGUUUCGAUGAUUAGGUUCCGUUUUGGACUGGCGCCCAAUCUGAACACGUCGGAAAAAGCCGACCGGUUUUACGAGGACCUCCCGGACCUGAACGGUCCGUUUGUUCGGGACAUGCUGAGCGUUAACGAAUUUAAGACUCAGAGGCUCUGGAAAGGUGUACGAGAAGGAUAUUCCGAUUAUUUCUACGACACGAUAACUCUCGGAAAUCCAUACGAAGCGAACGGCUUUUACGUAGCCGCAGCGAACUUCCUUCAACUCAAUGUUCCUAUUCUAUUGCCGCCCCAUUUUACCUUGGGAGGUCCGCCCGAGAUGAACUACGGCGAACUGGGAAGCAAGUUGAUGCACGAGAUGAUGCAUGGCUUCGAUCCAUAUGGUCGCAAGCACGACGGGAAAGGGAACAUCUCGCCCUGGUUUACGAAAAAAAGCGCCGAAGAGCUCGCUGUUCUAGAGCGCUGUUACGUGGAGAAAAUCGACAGGGCUCCAAAAGCCAGGAAGUAUGCCGAUCGUCCCGCGGAGUACCAGGCGGACAUCUUCGGCAUUCGAUCGCUCCUGAGGGCAUACUUAAAGGUCGCUGAAAGAUCCAAUGUUCACCUCGGCAAUGUCAAAGGGCUUACCAGGGAUCAGAUCUUCUACGUGGCUACCUGCCUCCUCUGGUGCACAGAUUUGGUGCUCAAGGAGAGUCCGUCAGGUCAUCCGCCGGGAGAUGAAAGGUGCAAUCUUCCUCUCAUGAACUCUGCGCACUUUAGCAAAACAUUCUCUUGCCGCGAAGAUUCGCCCAUGAACCCGCCAAACAAAUGUCUGUUUUGGUAGUUUUUUUUAAUACUAAGAAUGAGAGGAAUAACAGGAACUUUAAAAGAAUACAACCAAUG